UCCGUGGGUGCCACCAUAGAGUGCCGGAAAAAGCGUGAGCAGAAGGGUCGGGAAAAGAAAGCAACUGCGGUUAGUACUAAAAUGACGACCUUAGUGCUGGAUAACGGAGCCUACAACGCCAAAAUCGGUUACAGCCAUGAAAAUGUGUCAGUUAUUCCUAACUGUCAGUUCAGGUCAAAAACGGCACGUCUUAAAACUUUUACUGCCAACCAGAUAGAUGAAAUAAAGGAUCCUUCUGGACUCUUUUAUAUUCUUCCUUUUCAAAAGGGCUACUUGGUGAAUUGGGAUGUUCAAAGACAAGUCUGGGAUUACCUUUUUGGAAAAGAAAUGUAUCAGGUUGAUUUUUUAGACACUAAUAUUAUUAUCACAGAACCAUAUUUUAACUUCACUUCAAUUCAAGAGUCAAUGAAUGAAAUCUUAUUUGAAGAAUACCAGUUUCAAGCAGUAUUAAGAGUAAAUGCUGGGGCUCUCAGUGCACAUAGGUAUUUCCGAGAUAAUCCUUCUGAAUUAUGCUGUAUCAUUGUAGAUAGUGGAUAUUCCUUUACACAUAUAGUUCCUUAUUGUAGAAGUAAAAAGAAAAAAGAAGCAAUUAUUCGGAUAAAUGUGGGAGGAAAACUCCUAACCAAUCAUCUAAAAGAGAUUAUAUCUUACAGGCAGUUACAUGUUAUGGACGAAACACAUGUGAUUAAUCAAGUGAAAGAAGAUGUAUGCUAUGUGUCUCAGGAUUUUUAUAGAGACAUGGAUAUUGCCAAGUUGAAAGGAGAAGAAAAUACAGUAAUGGUAGACUAUGUUUUGCCUGACUUUAGUACAAUUAAAAAGGGCUUUUGUAAGCCAAGAGAAGAAAUGGUGUUAAGUGGAAAAUAUAAAUCUGGGGAACAAAUUCUUCGUCUGGCCAAUGAGAGAUUUGCUGUUCCAGAAAUACUCUUUAAUCCUUCUGAUAUAGGAAUUCAAGAAAUGGGAAUUCCAGAAGCUAUUGUCUAUUCAAUUCAGAACUUACCUGAAGAAAUGCAGCCGCAUUUUUUUAAGAACAUUGUUUUGACGGGAGGAAAUUCCCUUUUCCCGGGAUUUAGGGAUCGGGUUUACUCGGAAGUUCGAUGUCUCACUCCGACAGAUUAUGAUGUUUCUGUUGUGCUGCCUGAAAACCCUAUUACUUAUGCCUGGGAAGGUGGAAAAUUGAUAUCGGAGAAUGAUGAUUUUGAAGAUAUGGUGGUAACAAGAGAAGAUUAUGAAGAAAAUGGACACAGCGUCUGUGAAGAGAAAUUUGAUAUUUAAGAAACGUUUCUGAAAGUUUUGACUGUGACAAAGGUUUAAUUUUCAAUGUUCUUUUUAAAGGAAGUUAAAGACCUGUGUUAACUUUCAUCCUAAGAUAAGAUAACAUCUUGAACUUAUGUAAAUACUUUGAUCCAUGGCUGAUUUUCAAAGGUUUCUUACCUAGGUUAGUAAGUAAACUGUAACUCAGCCCAAAUUUUCAUUUAGGAGCUAGACUUACUAUAACAAUGCUUAUGCUGUUUCCGAGACUAAGUUAUCUUUCAUUAGAAGAUGAAAGAGUGAGUGUAUUUUAAUUCUUUAUAGCUAAAAGCACAAACUUAACUGUCUCACUGGUCAGGUUUCCUUAGAAGGUAGUUUUGUGUGACUGACUAGGAAUUGGCCAGAGUAUUUUCAGGCUGAUAUGAUUUCUCUCUUUCUUCUAGAGCGAAGUAUUUUAUCUUUUAAUUGUCAUUUUUAUUUGUAUAUACUAAAGUUAGAAAAACUAAUCUAUGUGUAUGUAAUGUUUAUUUUUUACUUAGCCUAAGUUUGAAAGGAUGAAGACCAAAGCCAAUUUGUUAAAGUGUUUUUGGUCAGUACUGUGUUGCAGAAAUGUAUUAUUUCACUCAUAAAAAUACUAUACCAUUUUUUAGGAUGAAAUUCUUGUGUCAUUGGGCUCAUGAAUCAAAUUCCUGCCAAUCUCUUUACCUUAGCUUGGAUCAUGUGCCUACCCCAUGGCUUCAUGGAUUUUAACAGCCCUACUAAGAUAGCCUAGAGUGAAAGAAGGUAGUUUCCCAAAGGAAAAUUAAGGUGAAGAGACAGAUGCUGGGCAGGGUGAAAGACCUGUCCACUACAAUUAUAUUUGGAUUAUAGCGACUUAAUGAUUUUUUGACUUUACAAUGGUGUGAACGCAAUAUGCACUCAUUAGAAACUGUUCUUCAGAUUUUGCACUUUAAUAUUUUCCUGGGCUAGCGAUAUUUGGUAUGUUUCUCUCUUGUGAUGCUGGGCAGCGGCAGUGAGCCACAGGUCCCAGUCAGGGUAAACAACCAAUAUGCUUACAACCAUUCUGUACCCACCAACCAUUCUGUUUUUCACUUUCAGCACAAUAUUCAAUAAAUUAUGAAAUAUUCCACACUUAA